CUAAACCUAAAUGAUGGAAGCUGGAGGACAAAGAAGAGCAAUGCUGGCCUGGUGGGUCGCUCUCGGAUUUUCUGUAAUGCUGAACUGUGUGGUCCCUGUUUCAUCCCAGGUAAAAUACUCGAUUCCCGAGGAAGUUAAAGUUGGAUCAGUGGUUGGGAAUAUCGCCAGAGAUUUGGGAUUGGAUAUAUCAUCGCUGAACGAAAGACAAUUUCGAAUAGUCUCGGGAACCGAAGAUGCUCACUUUAACGUGAAUCAGAACAAUGGGCUGCUGUACGUGAACGGCAAUAUCGACCGAGAGAAGCUAUGUGAACAUAUUUCUCCAUGUUUAAUGAACCUGAAAAUGGUCGCUGAGAAUCCAAUGGAAAUACAUUAUGUGGCAGUUGAAAUCAUCGAUGUGAAUGACAAUUCACCGAGUUUUCAAGAGGAAGAAAAAAUAAUUGAAAUUUCGGAAUCCACUCUUCCAAACAAACGUUUCCAGUUGCCAAGUGCACGAGAUACAGAUGUUCUGACGAACACAGUGCGAGUGUAUAAAAUUAACCAAAAUGAUUAUUUCACGAUACAGAUUCGAGAAAGAGGAGAGGACAAAAUACCAUUCUUGGUGUUACAAAAAUCCCUGGAUCGGGAAAAACAACAUGAGAUCAGACUAAUUUUAACAGCAGUUGACGGUGGGAAUCCAUCAAGAUCUGGGACUCUAAAUGUCACUGUAAUAGUGCUCGAUUCAAAUGAUAAUCACCCUAUAUUUAGUCAAGAAGUUUAUUCAGUAACAAUACCAGAGAAUGUAGAUCUGGAUACAAGUGUGAUUACAGUAAGCGCUAACGACCGAGAUGAAGGUUCAAAUGGAGAAGUUGAAUAUUUUUUUGGCAGUGAACUUGAUCCGACACUAUACAAUGUGUUCUAUAUUAAUAAAAACACAGGGGAAAUUCGAAUAAAGGGAGAAAUAGACUUUGAAAAGACAGACACUUAUAAGUUAGAUGUCCAUGCCACUGACAAAGGGCAGCCUCCCAUGAGUACUGACUGCAGGGUGAUUAUAAAAGUACUUGAUGCAAACGAUAAUAAACCAAAAAUAGAAGUGACUUCUCUGUCAAAGACAGUGACAGAAAGUUCAAAGCUUGGGACUGUCGUUUCUUUAAUAAGUAUAACAGACGAAGACGCCGGUUUAAAUGGUAAACUUAUAUGCAGUCUUUCAGAUGAUGUUCCAUUUGAUUUAAAACCGUCAUUUCAAGAUAACAUGUACUCUGUUGUUGUAAAACAGCAUUUGGAUCGUGAAUCCGUUUCUCAUUAUGACGUCAUAAUAAAAGCUACAGACUGUGGUCAGCCUCCUCUGUCCACAUUUAAAACCCUGAGUAUUGAUGUAGCUGAUGUUAAUGAUAAUCGGCCAGAGUUUUUGAAUAAUCCAGUUGAACUUUAUCUAGUAGAAAAUAACGUUCCUGGAAACACCAUAUUUUCUGUUUCUGCUUCAGACAAAGACUUGAACGAAAACGCAGCUUUAACUUACCAUAUUGUUAGAGAGGAACAUAGCCAUCAGAAGAUUGCUGCAUUUCUAAAUAUAAAUUCAGAUAAUGGACAAAUAUCAGCUCUGAAAAGUUUCGAUUUUGAAAUUCUGAAAACUUUCCAGUUCCAAGUUGUUGCCACAGAUUCUGGAACUCCGUCACUCAGCAACAACGUGACAGUCAACGUGUUCAUUCUGGAUCAAAACGACAACGCUCCAGUCAUACUCUAUCCACUCAGCUCCAACGGCUCUGCUGAAGGUGUGGAGGAGAUUCCCCGCAAUGUCAACGCAGGACACCUGGUGACUAAAGUCAGAGCCUAUGACGCUGAUAUAGGAUAUAACGGCUGGCUGUUGUUCUCACUGCAGGAAGUCACUGACCACAGUCUCUUUGGUUUGGACCGCUACACAGGACAGAUCAGGACACUUCGUUCAUUCACAGAGACAGACGAGGCUGAACAUAAACUGGUCAUCCUGGUCAAAGACAAUGGGAAUGUCUCACUGUCAGCAACAGCCACUGUGAUUGUCAAACUUGUGGAGCCCAAGGAGGCCUUUGCAGCUUCUGAUGUGAAAAGUGCAGCAAAAGUGGAGGAGGAGGACAAUGUUACAUUUUACCUGAUGAUAACUCUGGGAGCUGUCUCUAUACUUUUUCUAUUCAGCAUUAUAGUGCUGAUUGCAAUGCAGUGCUCCAAAUCCACGGACUACACUUCGAAAUAUCUACAAGAAACUAAUUAUGAUGGGACACUGUGUCACAGCAUUCAGUACAGAUCCGGAGAUAAACGAUAUAUGCUAGUUGGCCCCAGAAUGAGCAUUGGAUCUACAAUUGUUCCUGGCAGUCACGCAAAUACACUUGUCCUACCGGACAGGAGAAAAACUUCUGAAGAGCUGGUAGAUGGCAACGAGCAGUCCCGAGCACAGCCUCAGUGA